CUAUUUGAGUUUUUGGCUUGUCUAUUUUUCAUCGUAGCUCUUUCAACCAUAGUCUUGAAAUAUUUCCUUAAUACUCUAAGUAAAGAUGACUUUUCUAUCAAAGACGGCGACUCUUUAAAUGAUGAAGAAUCAAAUGGAAAUCGUCCAUUUAAUUGCAAAGACUUGAAAUUCGAUGGCCACUAUUUAGAUGUCUUGAGAAUCUCAACAACUCCAGGUUGUCCCUUCAUUGUAUCGGUUGGAAUGGAUCAUAAAAUCCUAGUUUGGUCUCCAUUAACUAACCCAAUUCCUGUACCGACCAGUUUAUCCAUUGUCAGACAAAUUUGGCCCAUAACCCACGUAACAAUCAGUUCUCAGGGCGAUUAUGUUGCCCUUUUCUCCAAAAAUGGUUACAUAAAAUGUUGGUCAAGAUUUGCAAUGUCCUGGAUUUGGACUCUUCAUGAAGAUGAAUUGGUGGGGACUAAACCAUUAAACGCAUUCUUUCGUAGAAGAACCAUGCUACAAACACUAAGACGACAAAAGACAAUGCAAAAGAUUGCUUCUCAAAAUAACUUGCGCAAUAUUUCCUCAAGAUCUGAUAUAAAUGGCUCAUCUGCAAUUCAGCCCCCUAGAACACCAACAAUGUCAAGAAAAAACAGCAUGAAAUCUCUUUCUUCUCCAAGAAUCGAAAUUGAAAAGGCAUUUGAUCAGCUUUCUCAAGAAAAUUUAGUUGACGAUGAAAAAGAUGAUGAAUUUAUAAUAUUGCUCAAAAGUGGGAAAAUGCUCACCAUCUCCUGUAAAGAUGCAUCCUGUAAAAAGGAUGUCUUAUCAUCAACACACUUGGUAUCUGCAAAGAGAUUAAUAACGGCCAGAGUUAAUGAUAGAAUAGUAGCAGCAAGCGAAAAGGGAACCAUAACUGUUUCAACGGUGGUCAAUAACAAAUGGAGAACCAGAACUUUGAUGAUUCAAGAAGAAAGAUAUAACAAGGGGAAAAGUUUAAUGACUCCUUUGGCUAUGCAAAAAACAAGCAUGAGAAUGAAUCGAGGAGAAGGAAGAUUAUCGAGACAGAACUCAAUCAGCUCAAUGACAAAUUUAAUCAUCCCCAGAGAAGUUCCUGAAGAAGAUUUUGCCAAAUCUACUAUUGCUGUUGUUUCGUUUGUGGGCAUGAUUGUUAGAACUAGGGGUUCAAUUGCAGAAUUGAUUGAUGUUCAAACAGGUACUUUGGUCAAGAAAUUUAUUGUUGGGCAGUUCAAACCUGGAAGCUUCCAUGUUUUUCAUGACCAACCUACACAUUGCAGAUUUUGCGGUUGUGCUUCAAUUCAGUCAUUUUCCAUUGUUUAUACAGAAAUCGACACUAGCACAGUUAUUAUGCAUACCUUUUCGAUUGAUAACAGGGCCAAAAAUAAUAUUUGUCUUCGUGUUGAAAGAGAUCCAAGAGAAAUCCGUUGUCUUGGUUUUGAUUCAGUUACUGAGCAUCAACACUGGUUGGAAGAUGUCGAAUGCUGGUCCUUAACCGAUGUAAAUAUGAUUAUCGGUAUCAGACACAAAUCCCAAGAUGAGAUGAUUGACUCCAUGAACAAAGAUAUUGUUAGCAAGAGUGGAUUGUUCAAAUUUAAUUAUUCGUUAUCCGGAGACAGCCAAUUUAGAUCAAGAAAACACAAGAGCAUCAAUUUAGAUAAUGCAGCAGCUCCUCAAAUUGGAAGUAUGUGGGAAGGUUGGACCAUGACAGCACAGGGAAAAGUAUCCUUUCAUGAGAUACCCAGUGUAGAAAAUGAAGGGUUGCUUAUCAAAAAGAUUGGAACAAUGAAUAGAUUUGGACACAAAUCAGUUGUGGUAGGGUUUGGAAAUGUAAUGAAAGUACUAUAUUUGGGAAAUGACGACUUGAUUACAAAUGAUGAUGAUAAAAGUAAUUCAAAUGAACAAAUAAGUGGAUUGUCAUUUGUGAAUAGAAGAAGGAAAAAUGCAAUCAAAAGAGAGAUUAUUCAUUCAACAAAUUAUGGAGAUGUUAUUACACCGACAUAA